UGUCUCUCCUUUCCUCGCAUGAGGCGCGUGGUCUGCUUCGCGCCGCCAUCUUGAAAUGCAAUGUCAUCGGCGCGUCUCGUAAGCGCUUGCAAGUAAGAUCGUGAGCAGGCAGGAGCAGGUAGAAGGGUUGGUUACUUCAGUCCCGUCGAAACGGCAAUUUCCCUUUUAUAUCGGCAAACAUGUCGAGCGGUGCGCUCUUCGGCAAUAACGCUUCGCGCGGCGCCUCGAAAAAUCUCGUGGAGUUCAAGGCUGGCAAAAUGACCGUGAAAGGAAAGAUGGUUUAUCCGGAUACGCGAAAGGGCCAGCUCUACGUCUACCAGUCUGACGACUCGCUGAUGCAUUUCUGCUGGAAGGACCGCACGUCCGGAGUGGUCGAAGAUGACCUAAUUAUCUUCCCUGACGAUUGCGAAUUUAAACAUGUUCCCCAGUGUAAGACUGGCAGAGUGUAUCUUCUGAGAUUCAAGUCGUCGAAUAAGAAAUUCUUCUUUUGGCUACAGGAUCUCAAAACUGACAAAGAUGAGGAGCACUGCAGAAAGAUUAACGAUGUACUUAAUAACCCACCGACUCCGGGCUCCCAGAGGAGCGGCGGUACCAACACCGAAGGGGAUCUGCAGAAUCUCUUGAACAACAUGUCGCAGCAACAGCUUAUACAAUUGUUCGGUGGCGUUGGCCAGAUCGGUGGUCUCGGUAGUUUAUUAGGAACAAUGAAUAGACCGCACGGUGUUCAGAGUACAAGGGCUUCCACUACGACUUCAUCCACUCCAGCCACUACGAACGUAACUAGACCACCUCAUUCGUUGACUCCCGGGCCUAACGCGGACUCUAAAUCUUCAAGUAAUAAUAAAUCAUCAACACGAACAACCGCUCCGUCCACGCCAGCUGCAACUGCAGCUGCAGCUGCAGCUCCAAGCAAUAGAAUACAGCUUAGCGACUUGCAGAAUUUUCUAUCGGAAAUUCCGACGCCAUCCCGAACGGAGCCAGCUGUGCAGAGGGGCGUAGCGACAGAGCUGACCAACGCUAUCCCAGCGGCGAUCUCUACGACGGAGAGCUUGGAGAGUGCCAUGAACGUGCACUUGCCACCUGGGGACAACCUGUCUACCACGCUAUCGUCUCCCCAGUUCUCCCAGGCGCUAUCAAUGUUCUGGUCUGCUUUGCAGUCGGGCCAGGCGGGCCCUGUCAUCCGUCAAUUCGGCUUGGGACCGGACUCCGUCAAUGCCGCGGCCAGUGGAAACAUCGAAGAAUUCGUCAGCGCUCUGGAGUCCGAAGCGAAGAGCGGUCAGGGACAGCAAGCGCAACAGGGGCAAGAUGACAAGAAUAAGAAGCAAUCAUCAUCGGCUAGUCCUGAUAAGAAGGACGAUGACGACGAAGGCAUGGCUUUAGAUUAAGGAUGGGAUUUGUACGCGUCUCUAAUUUCAGGCGGUUCCCUUUUCUAUUCAGAAACCAUGCGUUGCAUAUUAUGUUACAAUAUACAUAUGUUACGAACCUGCAUAUACAAUAAAAAAUCUCUAUGGACAUAUUCUGAAUAAUUUAGUCAUGUGUACACAUAUAUUAAAUUUCAGUGAUAUAUAUUUUUUUUUAUAUGUACGUAAACGUUUUCCCAAGUGUUCGAGAAUCUAUAUAUUAAUUUUGUACAUUAAUAAGAAAUUAGCAAACACGAUCAAAUAGAAACAGGAAAUUUUAUCAUGUACUAUCAAAAUUGCACAUAAGUACGAAAAUUGGUAUAUUGGACAUUUUGUACAUUUAUUGGAUUAAUUAAAUUGCAAAUGCUUAAAUAAAAUAAUUUAACAAAA